AAAAAUAGUAUUUUUAAUUUUUCUUGCUUCAGCCGGCAUCAAGCAAAGCGAGAAGUUUGUGAAUUGGCCAUGUCCCAUUGCCACUGUUCUACGCUUCCUUUCCUUAUCUGUUACCUCUUCAACCUCCCAACUUCCUAUUUUCUUUGGCUUUUCACCUGAAACCUGAGUUUAACGAUAAAGACAGUUACUUGGGAUGCAAAUUGAAGCAAGGAGUGUCCACGCAGCUAUUUUUGAUUGGUUCUAUGUGAUCUGAGGUGUUUGCUCACUGUUUUUCUGGAAGGGAAUUUUUGUGCAGAGUUGUGACUUGUGACAAUGUCCUCUACUGAUAAUAAUCACAACCCUUCUCCACAAGUUUCUUCCUUUGGCCGCUCUAUGUAUCGUCUCAGGCAGGAACAGGUUCAUUCUUUGGAAGAGAAUCACAGAUCCGGUACCAGGGAUUCGGAGCUUGAAUCAUUCCAAAAGCAGGUUACUGAUCGAUUUGAGGACCUGUUCAGGGCCAGUGACGAUGAAUUGCUCUCAAUUGAGUGGAUACAGAAGCUUCUGAAUGCUUUUAUCUGCUGCCAUGAGGAAUUCAGAGCUAUUCUGUUGAACAACAAAGAGCAACUCUCGAAUUCCCCUCUGGACCGAUCAAUGACUGAAUUCUUUGAGAGGCUGGUGAAGGCACUUGACAUUUGUAAUGCAAGCAGCAACGGGAUUGAGAAGGUUCGGGCGUGGCUAAAGCAUUUGGAAAUUGUCUUGUGUGCGUUGAGUUCAAAUCAGAGAGCAUUGAGUGAAGGCCAUGUCCUGAGGGCAAGAAAGGCACUGAUGGAUUUGGCAGUGGCAAUGUUAGACGAGAAAGAUUGCAGUUCAGUUUUUCCUCAGCGUAACAGGUCUUUUGGUCGGAAUAACACGAACAACAAGGAUCAUCGCCGCCACUUCACAGCUCUUUCUCGAUCACAUUCAUGGAGUGUAUCAAGAUCCUGGUCUGCAGCCAAGCAACUUCAUUCAAUUGCAAGCAAUUUGAUUCCCCCUCGUGGGAGUGAAAUUGUUGCAACAAAUGGGCUUGCGAUUCCUGUUUAUACCAUGAAUUAUGUUCUGUUGUUUGUUUUGUGGACUCUUGUUGCAGCUGUUCCUUGUCAAGAUAGAGGCCUGAAUAUUCAGAUGUCAGUUCCACGGCAAUUCUCAUGGGGCGUUCCGGUUACUUCACUUCAUGAUCGGAUCAAGAAACGAGAGCGACGAAGCUCAAAUGGUUUGUUGAAGGAGAUAAAUAAAGUUGAAAGUUGUGUUCGGAACAUGACUGAUUUGGUAGAUUCAGUUCAGUUUCCAGUGAGUGAUGAGCAGAAAAUGGAAGUUGAGGAGAGGGUGAAAGAGCUAAGUGUUGUUUGUGGAGCCUUAAGAGAUGGAUUGGAUCCAUUGGAGAGGCAAGUGAGGGAAGUGUUUCGGAAGAUUAUGACUUGCAGAGCUGAGGGACUUGAUUACACAAGCUAGCUACGUUAUUAUGCAUGCAGAUGCAGUGCCAUGAAAGUGUUGCAUUUCUUGCUGGGUACCAUUGAUCAUCAAAUGUACAUUUUUACAUCUUACCACCAUUUUGGAAGGAGGAAGAGUGAUUAGAUCAGUUUACCAGAAAAAUCAACCUUUCUUGUAAUGGAUUGUAUUUAUGUCAAUACUCGUGAACAAUAAUGAUGAUAUGAUUAUUUGAAUAUUUCUGAUUUCUCUCAUA